GGACUCAAGCGGAGGCACUCUGGUAUGUUUGUGAUUCUAUUAUUGUAUCCUCACCUCACAUAGUGUGACCAAGGAAAUAUGUUCUGUUCCAUACACUUCAACUCAAGCGAACUCAGAACGAGUGUCCCUGUUAUGCUGUCCAUGCCAGCAGGCCUCUUCAGAGAUUCGUCAGAACGCAUAUGCCAAAUCUUUUUCGAGCGCUUCAAUGUCGCAGGCUUCGGUCUCCUUGACCGCCCCAUGGCCCAGCUCUAUGCCGCUGGACAGCUCAGCGGAGUCGUGGUCGAUAUCGGUCACGAAAUAACCGACAUCACCCCAAUUUACGAUGGAUUCAUCAUGCAAAACGCUCGUUCGUCUACACCUGUAGGCAUCAGAGAUUGUCAAGUUUACCUCGCCAACCUCCUGCGCUUCAAUCAGUCAGUCAUGGCGGCGGCAUCACCUCCGGACAAACUGAGUGACCCGGAGGUUACUCAAAGAUUCUUAGACGAUCUAGUUAAGCAUGUUUGGUUGGAAGGCCUUGUCCGCGUUCCAUCAGACGGGCAAACGGUAGAUAUACCAGAAGAUGAAGGAGUCACAGAUAUAGCAGCAGUCCUCGUUGCUGGCAAGGAAAAGGCCGUCAUUGAGACGGGGAUGAAAAAAAAGCUGACUGCGAAGGCUUCUGCUGCAGAGCAAGCUCGGGCGAGGGAGAUUGAAGCACUUGAUCUUGUCACUGUGGAGUUCCGCGGACACUCUAUCACUCUGGGCAAAGAGCGGCAUCGGUUUUGCGAGCCGCUUUUUGAUCCUAUGCUGCUGAACGGGCUGCCUGUCGAGCGUGUGGAUCCUUAUGAAGGGAGAAUAUUGCCCUUGCAGGAGGCUGUUGCAUUUUCCGUUCGCCAAACGGAUGUCGCCCAAAGGCAAUACAUUUGGCAAGGUUUGUUUAUUAAUGGCGAUCUUACAAAUCAUGUCAAAGGCAUCGGAGCUGCACUGCAGUCGCGGUUAGCGCCUUUCAUCCUUAGCACUCCAGAUCAGGCAACUGAUGUGCAGCCGCGGUCGAUUCGAGUACUGACCGUGCCUGAAUACUUUGCUGAAUACCGAGAAAAAGGAGAUGGCUUUGCGGCUUUCCUUGGUACUAGCAUUGUUGCGAAGAUCGCGUUCAAUGAGUCACAUGGGAAGAACUUUGUGUCAAAGACUGAUUAUAAUGAGAAGGGGCCACACGCUAUUCUAGAAAUGUCUCUAGCUUCGUUGUAACAACUUUUGCUAUGUUCACUGCAGUUCUGUAAAAGUUGACUUCUUGAUUGGGGGUGGUUCUGUCGGAGUUGAACCCGUUUUGGCCAAAACUGUACAGUUCAUCCAUCAUUC